AUGAGUGAAGAAAAAACUAUUGAAAAAUGUAUUUGUCAAAUUUGCCAGUGUGGGUGAGUUUAUUAUGAAAAAAUUCAGAAAAAAAUGACGCUAUUAUUUAAUACAAUUAAAGGCGACACAAAUGUGAUCAUGUGGAUGCUGAUUUUGGAAUUGCAGAUGGAAUUGAAGAAAAUCAAACUGAAUAUGGAAAACAAUUUCCGGCCAAACAAGCACCGCGGUAACAAAUAUUUUUCUUGGCUUCGGAAUUAAAAAAGAUUAUUGAUAUUUUUUCAGAGAAAAAUCAUUUCGUUCUUUACACGAUACAUUGAAUAAUUCCGGAGAAUUCGAUGCAACAACAAUUUCGCGACAAGAUUUUGGAAUCAAAAAAGUAUCUCGAAAUCAACCGUUCAAAUUUGUUGACUCAACAAUGGAUUCGUCCGGAGAAUUCUGUGGAAAUACAACAAAUAAAUCAGAUUAUCAAGGAAAACUUGCAACUCGACAAAAUGUUUUGAGACCAAAUGUGAAUGCUUUGCAAAGUGGAGAAUUUGAUGGAAUAACAACUAUGAAACAAGAUUAUAAUGAAUUUCCUACUGUAUGAAAUUUUGAAAUUUAUUUGAAGAAGCGUUUAUUCUAAUUUCAGAUAGCUCGAAAUGGUAUUAUUAAAGCGCCAAGUGAUAGUCAAAUAUUUAGUGGACCAUUUGAAUCAACAACAACAAAUCGAGCUGAUUUUGAAGCCAAAAAGGUAAUUAAAAAUCAAUUUGGACAAUUUUUUGAAAUUUCAUAUUAUUUUUCACAGUUCCCGAAAAUUUAUCUCAAGUUCCCAACGUAAUUUUCCUAACUUUCAUUUAAAAUAACGGAUAAUUUUUAAUGGGAACUUUUUUUAUAAUUCUAAAUGUUUUUUUUUCAGGCAAUGAGAAAUGAAGCUUUUCGAGGUCCAAAUGAUUCUCCAAUAUUCACAGGCCCUUUUCAAGCAACAACUACAAAUAGAUCAGAUUAUGACAAAAAAGAUCAAUUAUCUCGCCAAAUUCCUGCUCGAAAUAUGAAUGAAUCUCAGAUUUUGCCAAGUUCUCCUUUUAAUGCUCAAUCAACAAAUCAUGCUGAUUUUAUACAAAAACAAGCAGAAAGACAAUCAAAAACUAGACCUAAAUCAUCAAAACUUUUGAAUGGUGAAAUGUUUAAUGAUCAAACUACAAUGCAGGCUGAUUAUCAACAAAAACCACACAUUCGGUAAGUUUAAAAAAACAUAUGAGCUUUUCAGUUUGUGAAAUAAAAUUUGAAAUAGUCAGAUUUUUUUCCUUCAAACAUUUUGGAUUUUUUUCAUAAAAGUGGUGCAUUCAAAUUGAUUUGAUAAAAAGGUGAUAAAAAUUGGUCAUCAGUUUUCAACUUACAACUAGCCACAAUUUUUUUGGUCCACCACAUUAGGUUUCAAGACACAUCAGCCACUGGAAAAAACAGAUUUCCCGCAUUUAUUUUCAAAUGACAAAAACAGCAUGUGCGCUCUAUUGCUUCGUUGUGUGCAAACUCUUUCGAAAAUCCCGUCGGCUGAGCGAUUUCAAAAACAAUUAUUUUGUUUUUUCACUUUUGCCAGACUCAAAAUUUUUUCUUGAUUUUUAUGAAUUCCGAUUACUUGAAAGGUGUUGAGAAAGAAUAACAAACUCAUUUUCUGUUCAUUUCUAGUGGAUUGUGUGUCUUUCAGUGAAAACUUUUGGUGGCACUUAAAUUUUUUUCAAUUUUUUAAAAUCCGAUUUUUUUUAAAUUACAGAUUUUUGAAGUUUUACAUUUUAAACGAUUUCUGAAAUGUUCGAAAAUCAUCUAGAAUUUUCAAGUAGGCUUCAAAAAUCAUUUUUCCAGUGUAAUAAAUGUGAAACCAGCAUCUCGCGAGGAUACAAUUUAUUCAAAUUCAAAAUUCGAUGCAAAUACAACUUAUCAAGAUGGAUUCCAACAAAAAAAUGUUGAAAAACAACCUGUUAGAAAAAUGAAGGAUGAAUUAAAUGGAAUCGGAAAUAGUGGAGAAUUCUAUGGACAAUCGACUCAGAAAAUGGAUUUUAUUGAAAAACAUGUUGAUAUUUGUCCAGCUGAAAAAGUUUUGACAAGAAGGUGUGUCGAAAAUACUUUUAUCGGGUUAUAAUAUCAUUUGAGAAUUAUUAAUUAUCAAUUAAUUAAUGAAUCACAUUUCAGAGAUCGAUCAUUUGAAUUCAAAAGGAAUGUAAAUGGUCAUCGUUUUUAUGAGCAAAAAGUAACGCACGGACAAAUUCAACCAAAUCGCCUUGUACCAGUUGCUUAG